AUGGCUACUGACGCUGCCACUGCUAACGGCACCGAUGGUGUCGCUGCUAUCACUGAUGCGCUGGAGGCUACCACUAUCCAAGAGUUAGGCAGAAAGGUUUUUGUCGGAAAUCUCAGCUUUGCAACCAAAGACGAACAACUCCGCGAUGUCUUUCAAACGCAUGGUCAAAUCUCCGACGUCCAGAUCAUUUACCGCGGUACGCGCUCCUUGGGAUACGGCUUUGUAACCUUUGCCACUUGUGAGGAGGCCGAAAAAGCUGUCGCUGCGACGGACAAAACCGAAAUCGACGGACGAGCCAUCAACGUCGAAAUAGCGAAGCCUGCUCCUGGCACACCUGGUGGCGCAGUACCCCGCGCGGCUGCCAGAGCUGCCAAGGCGUCCAAAGCCCGUCAAACUAAUGGCGAUGCGAAAACUAGUGAUGAGGACCACGAUACGGACCAUCCUUCACCCACUGGUUCCAAGGCCCGACGCAGCAGAAGUGGGGCUGGGCGCGGUCGAAGUAAGCGAAGCCGUGCUCGCCGUCCCGCUGGUGAAUCCAAGCCUGAGGCCAACGGUGAUGAUCAUGGUGCCGUGACCGAUGCUUCCACUCAUAAUGGGGAAGAUCAACCUGGCAAACCCCGUUCAACCCGUACUCGCACUCGGCGAGGGAAAGGCGCUGGAGCGCCCGGAUCUGUCGAUGGCGCCAAACGCGAAAGGCGCCCAAAGAAAAAGGGCCCACCAGAAGGCGAACCUAGCCAAACGCUCUUGUUUGUGGCAAAUCUACCAUUCGAUGUGACCGACGAAAAACUAAAAGAAUUUUUUUCGAGUUACCAAGUCGCCUCAGCUCAUGUGGUCUGUCGAAGAUAUGGAUCGAGUGUUGGCAAAUCCAAAGGGUUCGGGUUUGUAGAAUUUGUGAAUGAGGAGAACCAACUGAAGGCCUUGGAGGAAAUUCAAGGGAAGGAGUUGGACGGCCGAGCAUUACACGUCAAGAUCGCCGUCGCUGAGGCGAAAAAAGAGGGUGAAGAAGCCACCAACGGCGCGCCGAUCCCAGCACCUGUCAACUCCGCUGCGGCCUAG